GUCAAGGAACCAAACCCGUACCGGGGGUAAUUUCGUUAUUUCCAUCAAAACCCUAGUUACUGGGGACUCGAUUUAUAACUGAGAAACCCUAAAAAAAAGCAGAGUGAGUGAGUGACACAAGAAAGAGAGAUUAAGACAAAAUGCCGCCGAAGUUGGACCCGUCUCAGAUCGUCGACGUCUACGUCCGCGUCACCGGAGGUGAGGUCGGAGCAGCGAGUUCGCUCGCCCCUAAGAUCGGUCCACUCGGUCUCGCGCCCAAGAAGAUCGGAGAAGACAUCGCCAAGGAGACGGCGAAAGAGUGGAAAGGGCUGAGAGUCACCGUCAAGCUCACCGUUCAGAACCGUCAGGCCAAGGUCACCGUCGUUCCCUCCGCGGCGGCUCUGGUGAUCAAGGCCUUGAAGGAGCCGGAGAGAGACCGUAAGAAGGUGAAGAACAUCAAGCACAACGGGAACAUCUCGUUCGAUGACGUCAUCGAGAUCGCUAAGAUCAUGCGUCCGAGGUCUAUCGCUAAGGAGCUGAGCGGGACGGUGAGGGAGAUCUUGGGGACUUGCGUCUCCGUUGGGUGCACUGUGGAUGGAAGAGACCCGAAGGAUCUUCAGGAGGAGAUUGUCAGUGGAGACAUUGAUGUUCCUAACGAGUGAAACAAAGGUUUCGUUUUUUGAGUUCUCUUGCUGUUUUGUCUUUUUUCGGGGAUUUGCUUUUUAGUAUACUGUUUUUUCGGUAUUGAGAUUUUGGAUGAUACUUUUUGAUUUUGCACAUUUGAACCAUUAGAAUGUUUCAUUUCUAUAGUCUAUGGACUUGGUUUUGAAGUGUCACAAGGAUAGUGACAUGAUUGAAUCUGAAGCGGUUGAUCAGUCAUCUAUAAAAUUUAUAAUGAAUUAAGUUCUUA